CAUGCGGUCCUCUUGCCAGUGACUAUCCGGGCUUGCUUGUCCUUAAUUGUGGCAUGACCAACGUGUCAAUGUUAUUAAAACACCGAUAAAACCAAGGUUCUGAUCGUGCGUAUCAGCAGCACCGUCCCACCAUGCCACCCAUUGGUCGUUGGUCGCUUCGAGCUAGAGGACCCUACAGCGCUCGCUCGUCGCACUGCAUCGUACCAACCAAGUCGGGACAAGUCGUCGUUUACGGCGGCGAGUUGAAGCCACGCGUCCCUAUCGAUUCUGCAACUUCGCAGGAUGCGGGGGAAGCGGUACGGGGCUCGGUGCAUGUCGUUGACCUUGGAUCACGUAGCGAGUUGAACGGCGACCGUUUGACUUGGACUACACUCAGUCCUUCUCGAAGCACCGAUACAGUCAAAGGACACCUGGAGAUUCCCGACGCACGAGUUGGUCCCUCUAUGGUGCUGAAGGAUCGCGCUGUGUACAUGUGGGGUGGCCGCGGAGGCGUAGACAUGGCUCCGCUUAACGAGAGGCAGGCUGGAGUAUGGCGUGGCCAACUGGUCACUAGCCAAGGCAGCGUCGUUUGGGACCAUUUGUCUGCGGAGGGAGGUCCGGAACCGAGAAGUUACCAUACUACCGCUAUCAUCGAGGACAAGGUGUACAUCCAUGCUGGGUGUCCGACCGCUGGACGCUUGAGCAGCUUACACUCGUUUGAUAUCACCCAACACAAGUGGCAAGCAUUAGCCUCUGCUCCAGACCCCGCCCGAGGUGGUACUUCUCUCGUCACAAGCACCGUCAAGUUCGGUCCUGUGCUGAUCAGAUAUGGAGGCUUCAGCGGAUGCGAACUUCCCAAAGAAGCUGGGAUUCUAGACAUGUACAUUGUCGAGGACGAUCGAUGGGUGACCGUCGCGCCUGCCGCAGACCCCGAGCACGGUGUCCCAGGCCCACGCUCUGUCCAUGGUUUCCAGCCGUUCCAAUCACGUUCGCCAGCCUUGUCCAAUGCCAUCGCCGUACUCUUCUACGGCGAGAGGGAUGCCAGUACAUUGGGGCAUGCAGGUGCGGGGACCUUCUGGAACGACGUGUGGCUUCUCUCCAAGGACAAAGCGUCCUCUGACACCGACGGCUGGCAGUGGACUAAAGUCACCACUGACGGGUCAACCGUGCCCGAAGGGAGGGGCUGGUUUGCCUCCGCGGAAUGGGUAGAAGAUGGUACAUCCCGCAUUGUGAUGCACGGCGGGCUGUUGUCUUCGAAUGAGCGCAGCGACGAACUCUGGGAAUUGCAAAUAGAAUGAAGCAUGUACAUACAUCAAUAGACGAAUCACGUAUCGCUGUACUAGUAUACCAUAGCAGUCAACCGCUAC